CACAGGAAGGUACCGGUCUUAAGGAUGUGUUUCCGGAGGCGUGAGGAAACUUUAUGGGCGUGUGACAUGAACCGGGAGGAACUUGAUUUCCAGGUAACAGACACGCAGGAGCUAGUUCAGGCUGUGGAGACGUUAAUGCAGUACCACUUUCCUACUACCGAAGGUCCUUUGUGGUGUGCACGUCUCCUUCCUGCCAGUGACCCUGGCUGCAGUUUCCGGCAGGAGUUGUCUGCCACUUUUCCCUACACCCGCACAUUACUGCUGGCCAAUCACCACGGCAUCGCCGAUGGUACCUCAAACAUGUACAUUGUGAACGCAUUCCUCAACGUGUUGGACGACAUGCUCUCCGAUAAGGCCGUCGACGACGCAGUUCAGCUGGGCAGGAUUGAUGCUGGAGAGGAAACCAACGGUAUAAUUACAACCCGGAUGAUGGAACUGAUGGAGGACGAAGACCAGUACCAGCAGCUACGAGAGAAUAUGAAAAAGUCAAAACAAGAUGAAAAAUUAAUCCCACGUGUUUAUCCGAUGGCGAAAGAUCCUGCUUUUUAAGAGUCAGAUAGUCCUGCGUGACCUGGACAAGGAGACCACCCAAACCUUCAUCAGCAAGUGCAAAGAAGAGCAAAUUACGUUGAACAGUGGACUACUGGCGGUGUUCAACACAAGUCUCGUUGACUUCGUGUUGGAAGGAGGCCUAGAACAAGACUUUUACAGAAUCCAAGAGCUUCAUGCUGUUAACAUGAGACGUUAUUGGUCAAGUAACACAUCGGGAGCACUGGGUGCUCACAGAAUGAUGAUGAGGAACGUUGUCUCGACGCCUCUUAAUUGGAAGGACCACUUUUGGGACUAUGCCAGAAGCAUCCAUAAAAAUAUCACUAAAAGUCCUCAAGAAAAUUAUGCAGUGACGUGUGAAUUAUUAUUGUUGGGUGGAGGAAAUGUAGAAGAUAUUUUUGCAGAACGAUCAUCACCAGAGUAUGACUAUGCUACAUCCAACAUGGGUAACAUAGACCAUAUCAUCCUGUCAGAAAGGCAUAAGGUAAGGCUCCAGCAUCUUUUCGUGGUUACCUCAUGCUUUACUGAACCUAUGGGACACGUUUCACACCAUGCGAGGACGCCUCAUAUACAGCUUUGUUUACGCCAACGACGUUCUCACUCGGGAUAAAGCUCAGAAAUUUGUGGAUAAGACCUUUGAGAACCUGGUGACAGUGCUGAACAUGUAAGCAGAGCAGUACACUGCUGAUAGAAAACAAAUAUGAUGAUUUACUAUCUCAGAAAUCAUUAGUAUAGCUUGACAGUUGUCAUACUCAGAAGACAAGCCACAAGGUGAUAUGACAAAAGUAUUUAACUUAUUAAUGAAAUACCAUAUAAAUGACAAAAUAUUCAGAUCAGUAUAUAAAUUAAAAGAUAACAUAACAGCUUACUACAGCAUAGUGUAUCCAUAUUUACAAUAAUGUAGCCAUGUUUGGUGAUCCACCAUGAAAACAUUUAUAGUUAUUACUCUUACUAAAAAAAAAAAAAAAAUGUUAGUUAUAUCUGAAGUACCCCUUAAGAAGGACACAUGCACUAUUUGUCCAACACACUAUACUGUUAAUUCAAUUUCAUAUCAACUAAAAUUGGUCAGUUGGUAUCUGCAUCUCUUAUUACUUUAGAUAAAAUUUCAAUUUUUCAAAGAUUUCUUUCUUGACAUUUAAGAUCUCAAGAAUACUUACAUCCACCUUGGCUGCCUUCAGAAGUUCAGAAAACGUUGGACACAUGUUCAUCUUGUAUUUUCUGCUUGAAGAAAUUAAAUCCAGGGAGGGAAGAAUGAUUGUCCUUCCUCCACGUUAAGGGCGGAGUGUCUCGCCCAAGGUUUCUCUUCCUCCUCUCGAAUCCUCGAGGAGAAAGGACUCAGGCUGCUGACUCGUCAUGAUACAGGAUCACCGCGUCGAAGCAACGCCUCGAGUGUCCUCGUCACCACCUCCUCCCUCUUUGGUAGGGGGAACUCUGCAGGAGCUGAGGCAAUCGUGAGGCCAACAGACACCAGGCGGCAGACAGCUCUCACCACCUGCCACGACACCUUCGUUCAGCUGUUCUUCUCUACCGCUCCGGAAGGCUUUGGUAAAGAUUGUGGCUGAUCUCACCUGCCCUCAGUACCUGGCACUCAUCUGCCGUUGGCCCCAACUCGUUCCUGGUUCAACCCAUGCCGGCCGAGACGAGAUUCCUACGGCUGGAGGGACGCCGGCCUCCAAGGACUCCCCCAGGACUCUUGGUGAUAUUGCCUGAUAUCUCUGUUAUUGUUGGGUUGUGUUUUUGUUUUUUGUUAAUUAUUAUUGUGGAGUUCCGUUCUCCCUCGUUUUCUUUACGUCCCAAUCUUAGAAGGAGUGUUGACGUGAAGAGUAGCCAUCCCGGCCCUGACAGUGUAUAUCAAUAAUGAUAAUUCUCUGUCCCUACAUAAUUCUAACUAUAUUAC